CUCUGAUUGACGCGCUCGCGCACGCCGCACCUGCUAGUCAGAAGAGCGCGCGCGCAGGUGCGCGGGCAAUUACCAAGCGAAGCGUGAUAACAGCCGACUGAACAGAAAAGACCGAGGCCUUGAGAUGAUGUCGCGGAAGAAGGUGUGUGAAAAAUACUGGGCUCCGUUCAAAAGCGACUGUGAGGAGCUCCUGGGCCGCUUCCAGCAGACCGAGUCGGUUCGGUAUGAGGAGUUCUGCGCUAUCUGGAGGGAGAUGGACUUCUCGAGCGUGUUUUUUGGAUGUCCUUCUAUCCAUGAGAAGAGAUGCUUCACGCAGCUAGCGCUCACCGUAGCCUACAGAUACGUUCUGCCCCCGUACAGUUUUCAGAUUCGUGUGGGAGGCCUGUAUGUGAUCUAUGGCCUUUACAAUACACAGCUUAUUUGGCCUAAGGAAAAGAUCAGGGUUGCUCUGAAGGAUUGGUAUGAUGUGCAGAAGCUCAUCAACGAUGCAAAAGGUUGCCAGCAUUUGGAUGUUGUUUACAUCUUUAAAAGGCUUUUAUCAUCUAAAGCCUUUUGUUUCACCGCCAUGCCCCAGAAGCUCACUUUUGAAUCGAGUGAACGCUUUCAGUAUAACGUGAAUGAAGAGUUUCGGGACCGCAGGAACAGAGUGGCCGAACUCUCUUCCAUCGAAAUGCUGGAAGAGAUCGCAAAUGUGCAUGGUCACUAUGAGAGGCUAAAGAAAUCAUCAGUGCCGACGCUAUCUGGAGUGACGCUGCUGAACCUGACGCAUUCACUUCAGAAAUGUGCUUCUGAGUACCAACAGUGGCAGGACAAAAUAACAGCUGAAAAGGAUAAAAACUCGAAAAAGGGAGCCACUCAGAAAUCUGAGCAGUGCUUCAGUAGAGCUGACAUGCUUGCCUCCAUCAAGUCCAAGUCAUACGGUCAUGUGGUGAAGGCGACAAAAUCUAGGCACCACAGACAGGUUGAGAUGGUCACAUCAGACUCUGGGACUGAUCAAGUCCUCUUUGGUCAGAAAAAGAAACCCCCAUCCCUCAGGACGAGAACCUGGCAAAACUUUGGCAAACCAAGUGAGCCAGAAAAAAUACAGCAAUGGCUUCUAAGUGUGAUGGAAAAAGACAAGACUGCCUUGAAACGUAGAGACAUCAGAAGAUUCAAGUGGUGACAUGACUCUCUAUCUCUGAGUUUUGUGUGUCAGUCGGCAUUAUGUAUUCCACAGUGCUUUAUUUAAUAACAUAAACAUUUGAAUGUGAAAGCAUUGGUUAUGUUUUGGUUUGGGCAAAAAUAA